UGGUCACCGCAGAUUCCUGUAAGCUACGCCCGGUCACACAAGCUCGAAGCCCGUCAGCUCCAAAGCAUACUAAUGGCCUUAGGCUCCACCAGUUUGACUAUCUCCAGCCAAAGUGAUGCGGACAAUCUCUCAAAUUGUGAUAGUCUCGAUGGCAGCAUCACCAUUUCCUCCUCUGCCAGUGGGGUCAUUACUCUAAAUAACGUUGAGGAGAUCAAAGGUUCAUUAACGGCGGAGGGGGCAUCAGGCCUCACAAGGCUUAUCGCGCCAGACCUUGAAACUCUCAAGGGAGCGCUCACUUUGGAAAAUUUGAACUCUCUGACGAAUUUGACAUUGAGUGCCUUGGCACAAGUGUCCUCGGGGAUAGCCAUAACCAACAAUGCUAAACUCAAGACUCUCGACCUGGAGGAGUUGGAGCAAGUGGAUGGGGAGCUUAAGCUGACAGGCUCGUUCACCAGUAUAUCCCUACCAUCACUUGAUGAAGUCAAUGGCAAGACAACUAUCCGUGGCUCCAGAUCCAUGUCAUGUAGCGCCUUAAAUAGCCUACAGUCUGACAAUGUGUAUCAAGGUGAUUAUCAAUGCUCUGUCUCGAGCUCAUCUCUCACUGCAGGGGUAAAAGGAGGUAUUGCAAUAGGUGUAAUCCUAGGAGUUCUCUUGAUAGUGAUACUCCUGUGGUAUCUUUUCCGUCAACGACAACAACGACAACGGAAAACUAAACAUGCCCCAUUAUCACCUAUAUCCUCACCGUCGGUUGGGAAAGAGACCGAGAAAGGGCCCAGCCCUCUGUACCAGCCACUGCCAUUGGAAGACCAAAAGCCUUCUAUGCCCCGAAAGCCUGUUGGAUCCGCAAUACAGCUGGAUGGUCGUUCGAUCUAUGAAGCGCCUAUCGCCCCUACCCCCGUUCGUGAAUACCAUGAGUUGGAUGCUGGACCAGUGUUGAGCUCUCACCAGCGACCAAUUCAUGCCGAA